UUUCAAACCGAGUUCCACUGGCUAGUUUCCGUGCGGAGCGCUGACUUGCAAGCUUACAAUGCACACUACUAUUGCCCGUUCUGCUAGCUUACGCAGUCAUCGACAGUCCUAUUGCUCGCCGGCGAGGCAACCAUUUAUCUCCAGCUUAGGGCCGCUCGCGGUUAAGAAGUUCAGAAAUCAUGCUAGCAGCAUCCAUUCAACCACUGCCAAGGCCGGUCCGGAGGAUCAAUGGCCGGCUCCUGCAUCAUACAAGCUGUGGCCCACGAACAUAUCCAUUCCCAGUGGGGCAUACAAUGCGCUCCAGGCAAUAGAAGUUGUGCUCACAUUGGCGCUGGUGGAUGCUGGCUUCUCUGGGGACUGGAGCCGCAUUGGGGUGCUUACAGCUGACCAGGAGCAUGCAGCCCAGCAGGUGUGCUGGUUCAUCCUGGCGGCCCACUCGGCGGUGGCGGCGGCGGCGGUGCGGCGGGCGCUGGGGCCGGGGUACCCGCCGCUUCUGGCGGGAGCGAGGGGUCUGCUGUUCGGCUCGCUGGGGCUGUACGACGUGCACCUCCGCUGCCAGCUGAGGGAGGAUGAGCAGCAGCAGCAGCAGCGGAGGCAGUAGGAGGGACCGCCGUGAUUUGAUCAGCACCACCACCAUCACCAGCGCAAGAAGGACAUACCCAACCUCAUUAACGCGCGGAAAGGCAAGCACGCAAGGAAC